AUGAAGAAAAUAAGCAGCAAGAACGCCCUCAAGACCACCUUCACAAAGAGGCGACAAGGUCUGUUUCGCAAAGCCAACGAGUUUUGCACCAGAACUGGUGCCCAAAUCGCCAUUAUCACCUUCUCACCCGCUGAUAGACCGUUCACAUUUGGUCACCCUUCAGAAGAUUCCGUCAUAGAUCGUUAUUAUAAUCCCGGCAAACAAGUACUCGAGGAGAAUGGUGGUCAUGGCAGUGUCAUUGACGAGAAAGAUGAAAACGUCAAGUUCUGGUCGGAUAAACCCAUUGAAGCCAUGGGACUAGGCGAACUUAAGGAGCUUGCGCGAUUGGUAGAAGAUGAAAUAGAAGAGACGAAGAUGAGAGAAGCAUGCACCAAAGACCUUUUGGGUUUAAACUGGAAAGGGGACGACCCGAAGUUAGAUGAUGAGAUGAAAAUAAGAGAAUCACGCACAAAGGACUUCUUGGCUAACUGGGUAUGA